GGAAGCAUGGAAGACCGGAGUCAUAGCAGCUGCGUUCUUCCUCCUAUUACAGAUCGUUGUUACUGCUGUUUACAUUCUGAAAUGCAAAAGGACACCAAACAGCUCUGCGUGAAUGUGUGUGUUGGCAGUGGGGCGGUCCCCGAGAAAGCAUGCGAAGAAGGAAGAGGAGGUGUUAAAUAUGAUGUGGCAAACGCAGAUACAACCAUACCAGCUGAAGAACCAAUUACCAUGGCUGAUCUAAUGGAGGAAUCUCAAGUCCAGCAAGAGACUGUCACCAUGACAACUCUUCAGACAGACACUGCAGCCAAAAACUCAUAAGGUCUCUGAACUUGGGUUAGAACUAAUGUUUAAAUGUUAUCACCUAUAUAGGUAUUUUUGUUUCGGUAUCUAUGUGAUUGUGGUUUACAGCUACAUAAUCCAUUAAAUGUUUUCUAUCUGUGCAAUGAUUGUGAGGAAAUAAUAAAUGCCUGUACAUCCAUUUUGUGCUGACAGAACUGUUGCUAUCCACCUCACUAUAAGAAGGUCGGAGAUGUAUAAU